CGCAUCGAUCACCCUCCUCGCUCCCGGUCAACAGCAGCGGCGCAGAGCACGACACCGACACGCGCCAUGGCGGCGGUGAGGCACCGGCAGCUGGAGGCCAACGGCAUCACGAUGCACGUCGCGGAGGCCGGCCCCGUGAACGCCUCCGCGCCGGCGGUGCUGUUCGUGCACGGCUUCCCGGAGCUCUGGUACUCGUGGCGCCACCAGAUGGGCUACCUCGCCGCGCGCGGCUACCGCUGCGUGGCACCCGACCUCCGAGGCUACGGCGGCACCACCGCGCCGCCGGAACCGAACUCCUACACCGUCUUCCAUAUCGUCGGCGACAUCGUCGCGCUCCUCGACGCCCUCCACCUCCCGCAGGUGUUCGUUGUCGGCCACGACUGGGGCGCCAUCGUGUCGUGGAACCUCUGCCUGCUGCGGCCGGAUCGGGUGCGCGCGCUCGUCAACCUCAGCGUUGCCUUCAUGCCCCGGAGGCCCGGCGUCAAGCCUCUUGAGUACUUCCGCGCCGCAUACGGGGAUGAGUACUACGUCUGCCGAUUCCAGGAACCAGGACUCGAAGCAGAAUUUGCUACGUUUGACUUGAAGAGUUUCUUCACAUUGGCAUUGACUCUUCGGGCAACAGGUUCUUCAGCUAUGGACCUUCGAAAAAUGCAAACUUACAGUAAGCAAAUGGUGCUACCUUCUUGGCUAUCUGAGGAAGAUGUCAGUUACCUUGCAAGUGUGUACUCAAAAACUGGAUUUGCUGGUGGAGUAAAUUACUAUCGCUGCUUGGACCUGAACUGGGAACUGAUGGCGCCAUGGACAGGAGCAAAGGUGCAAGUUCCAACCAAGUUCAUCGUUGGGGACGGUGACCUGGCGUACCAUCACCCUGGAGUGAAGAGGUACAUCCACAAGGGCGGGUUCAAGAGGGACGUGCCCAUGCUUGAGGAGGUGGUGGUCAUCAAGGGCGCUGGGCACUUCAUCCAGCAGGAAAGAGCGCAGGAAAUCAGUGAGCACAUCCAUGACUACAUCAAGAAGUUCGAAGCUUGUGGUCUGCCGCCACUGAGAGUUUCAAAGCUGUGAGAGACCUGAUGGCUUCUGUACAUAACUCAAAUGGUCUGGGAGCUAUUGUAGUUGUUUGUAGUGCUGCAGAUCUAUAUAUUAUGAAUGGUAUGAAGUACUGACGAUCUAUUCAAGGGACCCACGUUGCGUUGUGCUGUGUGGGGGGCACUGGUCCCCACUUAAUUUUCUUGUUUCAGUGGACAUCUUAUUUUAUUUGAUGUAGCUACAAAGGUUCAUUAGGGCAUGUACAAUCCAAAAAA